AUGGUGACCCCAUACAUCAACAUACCGGCCAGCAGGUCUGCCAGCACACCCACCAACACACAACCCAACACCCCACGUAUAGACCAACUCACGCUCCCCACAAUCCAAACCGGCUACCAAAACCGCCUCUUCACAGCCGUCGACCUAACAUCAGCCUGUCUAACCAGAAUCCGCGAAACAAACCCCAAAUUCCACGCCGUAGCAGAAGUAAACCCCGACGCUACAUCCACCGCCCAACACCUCGAUGCCGAGCGCCUCUCAAAAGGCCCCCUCGGCCCCCUCCACGGCAUACCCAUCUUGCUAAAAGACAACAUACCCACUCUCGACGCCACAUCCACAACAUGCGGCAGCAUGGCUUUAGUCGGCGCCAAACCAUCACACGAAGCCGACGUCGUAAGCGCAGUGCGAAAAGCAGGAAUGGUAAUCCUGGGCAAAGGAAACAUGGCCGAAUGGGCUGGAUUCCGCUCCACGAGCGGGUGCUCUGGCUGGAGUGGAAGAGGAGGCCAGACAACGGGGAUCUACUAUCCUGGUAUGAAAGCGAGUGGGAGUUCGGGGGGUUGUGCGGUGGCUGUUGCCCUGGGUAUGUGUUUUGCGGCGCUGGGAACGGAGACGUGCUACUCGAUUGUUUCUCCGGCGGAGAAAUCUGGGAUUGUGGGGUUCAAGCCGACGCGGAAUUUGCUGUCCUCUGAAGGUCUCAUACAUGCGUCUAAGAGACUGGAUACGGUGGGUGUCCUCACGCGAACAGUCUCGGAUGCUGCGCUCCUUCUUAUCGGUAUGGUUCAAUACAGCGAUCACCUCCCCGCCCAAACGAGACAGAAAAUAGUGCAAGAUCUCAGCACUGCAAAUUCAAUUCCCCAUCUCCAUGGCAUACGAGUCGGUAUCCCCAGCUCCCUGUCCGACAUGCAAAAUCUACCCGCCUGCAAGAAGACAGCCUUCGAAAGAACGCUCAGACUGCUAGAAAGCGCCGGCGCAACCAUCGCCCGCAACGUCACUGUCACCGGCGCAAAGGGCUGGGAAGCUCUCCCGCAAGAAGCCAAAGACAUCGUCCUAAACACAGAUAUGAAGGUCGCAAUAAACGACUACCUCUCCUCCCUCGCCACAAACCCACAUGACGUGCGUAACCUCGAAGAUCUCAUCGCGUUCACAAAAGGGCACCCAGCGGAGCAAUUCCCACAGCGGAACGUCGAGGGUCUGGAGAGAGCACAGGCUUCUGAUCCGAGCAAUCUGCUUUACGAGAACAUGCUGGUGAGAGACGAGUACUACACGGGCGAAGGCGGUAUCGACGCUGCGUUGUGUAGGAAGUGUUGCGAUGUCAUGCUCGUGCCUACGUUGAGUGUUGCCAUGCAGAGCUUUGCUGCGAAAGCGGGAAGUCCGGUUAUGAGUGUGCCUAUGGGUGUUUUCCCGCGAGAUACGCCUGUGGAGAAGGACGCGAGGAAUGGGUUGGUUAAUGUAGCGCCUGGGGUACCGUUUUCGGCGUAUAUCUUUGGGCGGGCGACGAAAGAUGAGGAUGUGGUUAGAGUGGGGCAUGUGCUAGAGCGGUUGACGAAUGUUAGGGAGACGCUGGUGCCGUAUGUUGAUGCUGAGGCUGGGCCUGGGGCUGCUGCGGCGCCCUGA